GACAUAGAAAAAGUAGAGAAGAUUCCGUCAUCUCUUUUGUUCCCCUUUUCAUUCCCCAAACACCCGAUUCUUCGCUAACAUUUCAUCGAUCAACGCUGCAAAGGCGAACAGUACUUGCAACUGAAAAGAGAUAUAUCAAAUCCCCAAAAGGGGAGUACAACUGCUGAGCCGGAGAGCUUGGUACGAAUCUGAGGGAGCUAUGGCCGCCAUCCAUGUCUUGGUAUUUGUUGCCCUAACUGUUCUUUCGUUGUGCCUGCUGGCGAGUGCGAAUUCCGAGGGUGACGCGCUCUACGCGCUUCGCCGGAGCUUGUCGGACCCGGAUAAGGUGCUUCAGAGCUGGGAUCCGAACCUCGUAAACCCCUGCACCUGGUUUCAUGUCACUUGCAACCAAGACAACCGCGUUACCCGUGUGGACCUUGGCAACUCAAAUUUGUCUGGUCAUCUGGUGCCUGAGCUUGGGAAACUUGAUCAUCUGCAGUAUCUAGAGCUUUACAAGAAUAAGAUUCAAGGAUCAAUUCCAGUUGAGCUUGGUAACUUGAAGAGCCUAAUAAGUUUGGAUCUCUACAACAACAAUAUAUCUGGAAGAAUACCUCCAUCACUGGGAAACUUGAAGUCUCUUGUCUUCCUGCGUCUCAAUGAUAAUCAGCUAAAUGGGCCAAUCCCAAAGUCACUUGCUAGUAUAUCUACCUUGAAAGUUGUGGAUGUCUCUAAUAAUAACUUGUGUGGUCCAAUACCGACUACUGGUUCAUUUGAGCACAUCCCCUUAAAUAACUUUGAGAACAACCCUCGUCUGGAAGGUCCAGAGCUGCAGGGACUUGCUAGUUAUGACACAAACUGCUCAUAGAAAAAUUGUUGAAGAAGCAGAACUUUGCUGCUACUCCUUGUUCUCCCAAGUCAUGCUUCUUCUUUGAAAAAAUAUGUUCAAGUUGGUGUGUGUAUGCAAUAUGAUGCCUAGUAUCAUAAGCUUUUGUAGUUGCCAGUCUAGAUGAAGGUAUUUUAUGAGCAACAAUGAAAAAUCCUGUAAAAUUUUCAUACUGCCAUUAGUUGGAACUGUACUUUAUGUUGUAUCAGAGUCUUAUGGGCCAAA